AUGAGUAUGAGAGCAAAGACAAUGAAUUUGCUGAUGAGAUUGUAUUUGUUGUACAAGUCAAGUUGGGCGAGGUGGGAAGAAGUAGAAGAGGAAGAGGAAAUUGAAGAGGCUCGAUUCAAUCCUUCAAUUGGACGGCCCAGUGAUGGUCUUAGUCAUAGUCAAGGCUGA